AUGCAAGAAAUAGAUAGAAUCAAAACUAUUCUGGAUCAUAACUUCAAAAUCAAGGAUUUGGGAGUUGUGAAAUACUUUCUUGGAUUGGAAGUUGCACAUUCCAAAGAAGGCAUUAGUAUAUCUCAGAGGAAGUACUGUCUUGAUCUGCUCAAUGACUCAGAUAUAAGCUUGUACAGGAGACUUGUAGGGAAACUAUUGUAUCUCACAAACACUAGGCCUGACAUAACAUAUGCAACACAACAGCUAAGCCAGUUCUUGCAUAGCCCUACUGUGAAACACUACAAAGUAACUUGUAGAGUUAUUAGAUAUCUCAAGCAUAAUCCUGGUAGAGGUCUUAUGUUCCACAGAAACACAGAUAUCCAACUCCUUGGAUACUCAAAUGCUGACUGGGCAGGGUGCUUAGAUACAAGGAAAUCAACAACUGGGUAUUGCUUCUUCUUAGGCUCGUCAUUAGUUUCAUGGAAAGCUAAGAAGCAGUCAACUAUAUCCAAAUCAUCAUCUGAAGCAGAAUAUCGAGCACUAUCUUCAGCAACUUGUGAGUUAACCUGGCUGCUAUACUUGCUGAAGGACUUACACAUUGAAAGUUCCAAACAGCCAGUAUUAUUCUGUGAUAACCAGAGUGCAUUACACAUAACUUCCAAUCCUGUCUUCCAUGAAAGGACUAAGCAUAUAGAGAUAGACUGUCACCUUGUUAGAGAGAAGGUACAAGAAGGCUUAAUGAGACUGCUCCCUAUUUCAACACAAGAUCAAUUAGCAGACUUUCUGACAAAAGCAUUGCCUGCGCCAAAAUUCAACAAUUUCUUAUCCAAGCUUGGAUUGCUUGACAUAUACCAAGCAUCAGCUUGUGGGAGGAUGUUAAGUGAUGCUUCCAGAUCAAGCACAAGCAGAAGGGUGGAACGAAACCCUACAUUUCCGACUGGCGAGAAGGGCGAUGUGGUUGUGGACGGUGACGAUGACGGUGAAGAAGGCGGUGAAUUGGAUGUCAACUGGAAUGAGAUUGAUGGCGGCUGA